AUGAAGUCGCUCGUGGUUUUUCUCCUCGUGGCAGUGCCGCUCGUGCUGGCGGCCAAUAAGUCGGCCAGCGCACCCAAAAAGCCAUCGUCGUCCAGCGCGCCCCCGAAACUGACGGACAGUGUUGCCAGCGCGUCGUCGAUGGUGGAGUUCAUGAAGAUCCGCAAACCGAAGCGCUCGAACGGCGAAAUUCCGCUGCUCAUCAUUCGGCCGGUCGAGAAGCGCCGGAAGCUGUACUUCAAGGAACCGACCGUGAAGAUCGCCUCGGGUGGGGUGGCCACGUAUGGCACGUAUCCUGAGCUUCAUACGAGCGAUGGCGAGAUGUUCACGCUCGAGCACAUGCUGCCCAUCCUGAGCCUGGAAGGAAUGCUAAAGGGCUUCUCGAAGUUAGCCCCAGGCCCGAACCACUUCGUGCCGUCGCCCCAGUUCAAACCUUCGGACGUUCAUCAUCUUUUGGGGCCACAGAAGGUCCCGCCGAAAGAGGAGUACCACCUUCUGUCGUACGGCGGCGAGAAGAACCCGCUGAAGUCGGCCCAACUGUCGCUGUCGAAGCCGCUCGAGGUGGUCCCGGCCCAGUCGCUCCCGUCGCCGCCGCCCCCCAACUACGUACCGGCCGUAAAUUCCGAAGAUCAGCUUCUGAAACUUGGUCAACAACAGCCUUCCUUUUCGCCCCUGGUACAGGAGAAGCCGUCGUUCGUCAAGCCGGAACAGCUGCCGGCGAGCUUCAACUUCAAGGUCCAGGAGGAAGUCAGCCACUACAAGGUGAACGCCAUCCCGCUGAGCGGGUCCCACGGGCACUUCCACCACUACCCGCACCACCAGCACCCGCAACAGGGUGGAGCCACCAGCUACGUGGGGUCCCAGGGUCCGGAGCCGCCAAAGUACAGCAAACCGGUGUACCACUUGGCCCCGGCUCCGGCUCCCGCUCCACAGACGAGCCCGGACCAUGGCAAGUGGCACGAGGUGUCUCAGAAGAAACCGUCCUCCCUGCCGUCGGUGACCACCAACUUCUACCACCCGAAGACGAUCAACGCGGAACCGGAGGCAUACCAGCAUCUCACCCAACAGGCCUCCGCUCCGGCACAGCACACCGGCGUACAGACGCACCUCAGCUACUACUUCCCCAAGGAGGAGUCGGUUCCCCAGGCGACGUCGGCGGCCCACCACUCGCAGCAACCCACAUCGUACAGCAACGUCCAGCCCGGAGGAGGCGGCGGAGAGCACGUGGAGUUCGUAGUCCAGAAGCAACAACCGAGUAGCCACGAUCCACAGCAACAGGGGCCGCCUCCACAGGCCCCCCCGUCCGGUGCGGAGAAGCCGAUCCACAAGACGUACAGCUCGCACAUCAAACAGAAGUACCAGAAACAGCACCACCACCACCAGCCGCACGUCUUCAUCCAGAAGUACUUCGAGUUUCCGGCUGCGAAGGGCACCCACAAGCCGCACGUAGUGACCGAGUUCCACGGAACGGCGAAUGACACGGCGGCCGCCGCUGGCCACCAGCAGCCCCUGCCGGAGCCACAGGCAUUCGCGGCCCCGCAGUACCUUCCCCUGCCGCAACCGCAGGCACUCCACGCACAACCGAUCGUGGUGCUGCCCACGGCCCAGACCCUCCACCAUCCGGUCCACCACCCAGUACACCACGCGGUACAUCACUAUUCCGCCGCUCCGGGAGGUCCGGCCCAGUCCUACUGGAAGGUGGGUCGCCGCCACCAGGACGUGAAGCCCGUCGUCGAGCACACGAACGAGCCGGCCCAGGACAGCCAGCAUGCGGCGUCGGGCGCGGUACCCCACCACCAAUACCAGGCGGUCGGUCCGACCACCACCACCACCACCAGCACCACCCCGCACAGCCCGGCCGCGAAGGACUCGGCAACGAAGGCGGUGGUCGCGCAGGACCGAGUCGAUGACGGGGCAGCCUCUGGCAGCGCCACGAACGUCACCAGGACACCAACCAGGACACCGAAGCAGCUCCCGGCAGGCGACUGCGAACGGCGCUGCAUCCGGAACACGGUGGCCCUCUCGAACGAGCCGGUCUGCGGCACCGACGGACACACGUACUCGAACCGGGGCAAACUCCGGUGUGCCAGGACCUGUGGCAAAGACGAUCUCGAGAUUCGAUCCUACGGCAUCUGCUCGGCAGCGGGAAAGGCGGCACCGUAA